CCAUGUGCUUCUCAUCCAUACUGCCCCCAUGAAAAAGCAACACUACGCAUCCUCCGACCUGAAAUCUCUCUUCAAAUCCUACAGAUUUGAUCAUGAGGUGGAGUGACCAUUUCAAAUCCAAUCCUCUCUUCCAUCUAACAUUACAAAUAAUGAUGUCCUAUCUUUUGAAACCACACCUUAACUAUUCUUCAAUUCACAAGUAUGAAUUUGUAAAUUGAAAAUUUAAUCGACUUAUCUGUCAAAAUUGCUAGCUGCUCUUCCUUCUUCAUCUUCACCCUCAGCUCUCAUGUUCUUAAGCUCCUAGAGGGUUACAAUUUCCAUGAGUACACUGUGUCGUUCACGCGCCUUGUACGCGAUUGGAUUAACGUUAACGGAAACUGUAAGAAGCGCGCCAAAAAACAAACAAGCUGCUGCUGCUGCUGCUGCUUUUUUUCUUAACAACAUUCUUAUCCAAUUCAACAAUCUCCUUGAUUUGCUCAAACUACAAAUUUCUUUCGACCGACCCUUUUCUUCUCAAUCAUAUAUUCACUGCUUUCUUUCUUCAAAUCUUCCCUUUUUCUUGAGCUUUCUUUGACAUUUUGUUUCGUCAAUAAUGGCUGAGCAAACAAUUCUUGUAACUGGUGGGGCUGGGUUCAUUGCUAGCCACACUGUAGUGCAGCUUCUCAAAGAGGGUUUUAGGGUUUCUAUCAUUGACAAUCUUGAUAAUUCUGUUACUGAAGCUGUUGAUAGGGUCAGGGAAUUGGUGGGUCCACAGCUUUCUCAGAAACUAGAAUUCAAUAAGGGUGAUAUUAGGAACAGAGAUGAUUUGGAGAAGUUGUUUUCUCGAACUAAAUUUGAUGCUGUGAUCCAUUUUGCUGGCUUGAAGGCGGUUGGGGAGAGUGUUGAAAAACCUCGUCGUUAUUUUGACAAUAAUUUGAUUGGCACUAUCAACCUGUAUGAGGUCAUGGCAAAAUACAACUGUAAGAAGAUGGUAUUCUCAUCAUCUGCAACUGUUUAUGGGCAACCGGAAAAAAUUCCAUGUGUUGAAGACUUCCAGUUAAUGGCAAUGAACCCUUACGGAAGGACUAAGCUUUUCCUUGAAGAAAUUUCUCGGGAUAUUCAAAAGGCAGAACCAGAAUGGAGAAUCAUUUUACUGAGGUACUUCAACCCUGUAGGAGCUCAUGAGAGUGGUAAACUUGGUGAAGAUCCCAAGGGCCUUCCUAACAAUCUUAUGCCUUACAUACAACAAGUGGCUGUUGGAAGGUUGCCUGAAGUCAAUGUAUUUGGUCAUGAUUAUCCCACAAAGGAUGGUAGUGCGAUCCGAGACUACAUCCAUGUCAUGGACUUAGCAGAUGGCCACAUUGCUGCGCUUCGGAAGCUUCUUACCACAGAGAAAAUAGGUUGUGUAGCCUACAACUUGGGUACAGGACGUGGAACAUCAGUGCUUGAAAUGGUUGCCGCAUUUGAAAAAGCUUCCGGCAAGAAAAUUCCUAUCAAACUCUGUCCAAGAAGGCCCGGAGAUGCUACUGCUGUUUAUGCUUCCACAGAUAAAGCUGCGAAAGAACUCGAUUGGAAGGCCAAAUAUGGUAUCGAGGAGAUGUGCAGAGACCAAUGGAAAUGGGCAAGCAAUAAUCCAUGGGGUUACAAGUCAAAGCCUUGAAUUUCGUCCUUACGUUUAUAAACUACACAUUUAUGUUGCCCUCUGAUAUGACUAAGUGGUUAAACUAACAACAGCAAAAUGUUAAUGCAUUUUAUGACUUGAAAGCCUUCUUCUGUUGUACUCUAGUAGAUUCAUUCGUGGGAAACAAAAUGUAUAAGCAUCUCCAUUUCCCUGAACGGAAAAUAGUUAACUGGUAGCACAUUUCAUAUUUGAAAAUUUUCUUUUCCUUCUGGCUUAAUGGGGAUGAUUGUUCACUAUCUUUCAAAAAAGGUGCA